UUAGAGGGAUGGGGAUUAAAAGGGGGUUAGGGAUAGGGAUAAAAACACCCACUUAUCCCUCCAUUUCUAUAACUAAGGGGGUGGUAUAAAGGGAAGAGAUAAGAAAUGAGUUUUAAAAGACCAAAUUAUCCUUAAUGAAAUUAAAAGGGUAAGGAGAAAUGGUAGAAGUUAGUAAGGGUAUUUUUAUAAAUUUAUUACUUAUUCCUAAUUUUUUCCAUACUUACCAAACAUGAAAUAAAAAUUAUUUAUCCUUGUCUCACCUAUCAAUCCCCUAUCUUUAUCCUCCCUUCUUAUCCCUCUUACUUCCAUUCAAUCUCUUUCAUCUCCUAGCUAGUCUCAUUGUAAUUCUUUUUUUUUUUUCCUCUCUUUUCAAUUAUCUCUACAAAUGUAACUAAAGUAAGUAAAUGCUAACAAUUAGAUGAAAGCACAUGUAUACACAAAUAAACAUGCAAACAUACAAAAAGGAAUCUGCUACUCUGCUAGUAAUUUGAGUUAUUUCUUUGAUUUUUUUUUGCUUUGUUUGUAAAUAAAUCCAACGUUGUUAGUGAUUAGCUAAUCUUUUGAGGUUGAUUUUAAGAGAUAUGAUUAUAUGAGAUUUGAUUUCAAAGUCAGAGAUUGUUUUUUGGUCGAAGCCAUAUCGCCGCGAUCCAAUUUGAUGAUGAUAAGCUGGGUGCCCGGUUUUGGAAGCAGUUCUGACUGGAUCCGGGACCAGUUCCGAGUCUGUUGGGACCGAUUCCAACACCGGGUCCAAUUUUUGACCCGGUACUAACCGGGUCCUGUUCCAAUUUCCUUCAACUUGACCGGGUACCCGGUCUUGCUCACCCCUAGGCCGAAGCUAACCGCUGUAGAUGCUCUUUCGGAGCUACGAGAUUAGAAGAAACAUUUGCACCGGGUUUCUCCAAUUCCUAUUCACCGUAUAUUGAAAGCAUGUAUUGUUUUCUCCUCUUCCUAUAUUCUUCUGAAUUCUCACUCUUUCAUUUCCGAAAUUCAUUCCUACUUCUUUCGGAAUUCCAAAUUCUUGCUUCUAAUCAUGCAUCAAUCCUAAAAACAACCUUGAAUUCCUAAAAAAUUGUUCUCCAAUCAAUGGAGAUUGUGACUGGUGAUCGUUACCUUGAAUCCCUAGUUAAAUUCGUGGCAAAAAAUGCAGGGGGAUUAAUCGAUGGAACCCUAAUUUUGAAGCUGAAUCCAGUUGGUCUUCACUAUGUUCAAUCCAGAUUGGAAGCACUUAGUGAACUAGAGGGAUUGAUCGCCGGAGCUCCGGUUGAUUAUCUUCGCGCUUACGUAUCCGAUCUCGGUGAUCACCGGGCUCUGGAGCAGCUCCGUAAGAUUCUGUGUCGUCUUUCGUCGUUGAAGAUUGUUUCCGUAUUGCCUCCCCCUUCAAGGGAUCCGACGCCUUUGUCGCUGCUUGCUUUCGGAAGAUUGAAGGUUUUGGAGCUCCGUGGUUGUGAUCUUUCUAUUUCUGCAGCUAAAGGUUUGCUUGAGUUGAGACAUACUUUGGAGAAACUUAUUUGUCAUAAUUCCACUGAUGCAUUACGUCAUGUAUUUGCAAGUAGAAUUGCUGACAUAAAAGAAUCACCCCAAUGGAUCCGGUUAUCUUUUGUAUCUUGUGCAUGUAAUGGAUUGAUUCUUAUGGAUGAGUCAUUGCAACUUCUUCCAGCUGUUGAAACUCUUGAUCUUAGCCGAAACAAGUUUGCAAAAGUUGAUAAUCUACGGAAGUGCACAAGAUUAAUGCACCUGGAUCUGGGAUUUAAUCAGCUUCGAUCAGUUGCAUCAUUUAGUGAGGUAACAUGCCAUGUAUUAAAACUUGUUUUAAGGAGCAAUGCAUUGACUACUUUGCGAGGGAUCGAGAAUUUGAAAUCUUUAGAAGGACUUGACGUCUCGUACAACAUCAUCUCUAACUAUGUGGAGCUAGAGGUCCUUUCAGGCCUUCCUUCUUUAAAAAAUAUUUGGCUUGAAGGGAAUCCUCUCUGUUGUGCUCGAUGGUAUCGGCCACAAGUUUUCAGCCAUUUCCUUCAUCCUGAAAAAGUGAAAUUAGACGACAAAGAAAUGAGCACAAGAGAGUUUUUGAAGAGGCAUAUAAUAAUUGCAAGGAGGCACAGAAGGCCUGCAAGUUAUGGAUUUUACUUUCCUGCAAGGGAAGACAAUGAAGUGGAAAGGUUUAUAGAUGGAAAAAGGAAGAAGCUCUCGCGCCUUGCAUGCAUAGAAAAUGAAGAGCUUGGGAUGAACAUGCUCUCUGAGCAAGAUUCAGUGUCCUGUGAUAAUGAUAUGCACGGGGGAGAGGAGGAUGUUUCGGAUAAAGAAGGUGAACUAAGUAGUUUGAUUAACAGAAUUGAGUUUAUGAAAAAAGAACGUUCUAGGUUAUGGUUGGAGGAAUUCAAGGAUUGGAUGGAUCAGGGAUCUGAGAAUUGGGUUGAUGAAAUAAAGAGUAGCCAGGCCGCACUGGCUUUUGGUAACAGCAAUUCAAGAGAGACAUCUAGCUGGAGGCACAUUGGAGAGAAUUCAAGGUACAUGGAAUAUAUAUCAGACACGAUCAUAAAUUCAGAAGAUGAUAGGAGUACAAAUGCUGAGAAAACUAAUAGCUCCUUUGCUAGUUCUUCUGCUGGCAAUCAUGGCUAUCAAUGGCAUCAUUCUGCUUCUGAAUAUGUGGAAACAAAACCUCUAGCAAUUGCACGAGCUUUAGAUGAAGAUCUUCUGAAGUUUUAUUUGCCUAAGGGGAAAAAUCAUCUACAAAUAGCAGAUGUCAACUCUGUUACACCUGGUAUCAGUGAGCAUGGCAAUGAGUUAAAUGCUAGUGUUAAUGGUACACCGUUGACUGCCAUCAAAAGUAUUAAGGAGUUAACGCCAUUCUCUGGAACCCCAGUAUCACCUCCACACUACGAGGAGGAUAUUCUUUAUCGCCGUCAGUACUUGGAGGAAGAGUUUUUACAAGUGUCUGCUGAGUCCUUAUCUGCUGCUUCCUCUGACAGUAAUACUAGCUGUGAUGACGAGGAUGGACUUGAAAGUGGGCCACCAUACCCUGAAAGUUACCAAUAUACUGGCGAAGAGGGUUUGACUCGAGGUAUCAAUUGGAAGUUUGCUCCUGAGGUAGGACCAGGAUGGGGCUCACUUGAUCUUCAUACGCAGCAAUCCACGAGUAAACUUGGCGUACUUGAUAGUUCUAUAGAGUUGUUCUGUGGUGAUGAACCUCUUCUUGGAAACAAUGAUGAAGAUGCUAUCACUUCCAAUAAGCAAGUUAAUGAUUGUCAUGAAAAGAAAAUCUCUAAAAGAAAACCAAAAAAAAGAGUUGUUUCACUGUCAGAUAGCAUAAGUUCCUGCAAAGCUGAUGUUAAAGAUGGGCAACAGAACCAAACUAUGAAUGAUAUAUAUUGCAUUGGAAGAGCUGAUGGAAAGGUGAACUCAGCACCUGCACAUGAUGAGGCUGGUGGAAUCCUAGCUUACUCAAAGCAUGGAGUUUCGAAAACUGGUGACCAUAUUGAAAAUUACUUCAAUUCACUUGUUGCAGAUACUGCCAUUCACGAGACUUGCAAGCAGUACAUUGUCUGCAAUGGUGUAGUUGAGAGGAAGCCCAUGUGGAACGAAAGACCGGUAGCUGUUGUUCUAAGCAGUGAAUGGAAGUUGUAUGUGAUUCUUCUUGAUGGCAUGCAUGAUGGGUCAGGUAAUAACUUGAGUCUAUUGACUUCACACAAGGUUGAAGACGUGAGAGAGGUUUCGGUUGGGUUGGGUCUUCUGGCUAUCUGGGUUUUUAUUGAUGAGGAUACUGCGUAUCUGUUGAUUACAAGAUGCAAGGAAAAAACUAGGCAUUUACUUUUCAUGAUAGGAUUAAUUGCGCCAGGAGAAAUAAAUAGAUUUUCUGUUAGGAGUUUGGAUCAGGUUCAGCUGAACUUGUUUGAUAGGCAAAUAUGUGGAAACUUGGGAAUCAGCAUUUACCAGUAUUGUAUGGUUCUUUUUCGGCACAAAGAAACAGAGUGGGUAUCCAGAUCUCUUUUUGUGAGUGGGGGACAUAUAGUUGUAUGCAUUGAGGAUAUCUUUCACUUCAGCUCACUUUCAGCACAUGCAGAUGCCACCUCUUAUUUCAUGCUUGAUAGUUGCUGUUCCAUUGCUAAUGUCUCUGAGAUGGUCAUUGAAGCCAAAGAGAACCUGAGUGUGACGUUGACUCUUAGAGAAAACUCCCCAAUAUCCUGUCUUUCACCUAUACUUGACAUGAUGAAACCGAGAGUUGGAUUUAAGAAUGGAAGUACAAUUCCAGGAGCCAUGACAUGGAAGUUGAAGUGGUUUUCUGCAGAAAGUUUAUGCAAGUUUGUCACAUUGCUAAAGGCAAUUCACAGAGGAAUGACAUCAUCAAGUUUGGCCAUAACCUACAUUUCAUAGUUUGGCCAUAAAGUUUUCCCCAUCAUUAAUUCAAUGUCUCCCUAGAGCAUCUUCUUUUUAUGUGAAUAAGCUAGUUAUUUCUGAGGCUGGCUACUUGUUUUUUGUUUUUUUUUUUUUUUUUUUUUUUUUUUUUAGAGUAGAGUAGAGGGGGAAGGUAAGGGAAUUCCCUAUUCUCUAGCAAAUGUAGGUGAUGGGGCUCGAACUUGUGACUUCAAAGUCACAAGGUGAGUUACCCACCACGUCUACCAAGCAUGUUUGGUUCAAAGUCACAAGGUGAGUUCCCCACCACCUCCACCAAGCAUGCUUGGUUCAAAGUCACAAGGUGAGUUCCCCUCCACCAGGCAUGCUUGGUUCUGAGGUUGGCUGUUUGUCCUGAGACAUAUUGCUUUCAAGGGGAAUAAGAGAAUAAAUGUAUACUUCCCGCCAGUGUAAGGAUGAAUAGGUAGGAGAUUCUUUAAGACCUGUAAAGUCGCUCUGUAGGAGUACGGAUAAUAGAUAGAUCUAUCUUCAGUAUACUCAUCUCCUUUUUUCUUUAGCACAUUGGCUUGAAUCCCUGGUGAUAUCAUUCUUUUUUUUUUUUUUCCAUUCAUGAUGUGUAAUCUACUUAUCUCUACCAAUUAAAAAGUGGGAAUAAGACAAACAUUCUGAUAAAUUGUGGCUUGGGUGUAGAGUCAAUGAAAUAUACUAUUCAUAAGACAUACACAUUAAUUCAUUUCAAUUUCAUCUACUGAGUCAGCCAUUUAAGGGAGCCAGCAAUUUAGCUAUUCUUCUUUUCCAGUUUUGCUUCUCUUCCACUCAUUUUGCUCAACUCACUUCUUCCCUCUCCCACACACACAAAACGCUUAAUUCUCCAUUGAAGCGGGUUCUAAACUUUCUUCUCCGUGGAAGCAACUUCAGAGAAAAAGGUUGCUGUUGCUUCUAUGCCGGCUGAGAUUUCGCUUGCCGCUUUGAGUUUGGUGCUUUGGUGUGAUGGAUGAUGAUCUUCCACCGCCUCAUCAAAAUAGAUUUGCAAGAAAUGCACAUGUAGUUGGGAAUGGGAGAUCUGCAGUUGCUGCCCCUGCGCCAUAUCCAAGGAUGCCAAAUAAUGACAUGGAAACACAAAUCCAUAUUAUUAAACAAGAUGCAUACUGCUCAGUUUUGCGGGCCUUCAAGGCUCAUUCCGAUGCCAUUUCUUAGUAGGAGAAGGAAAGUUUGAAAACGGAACUAGGGAAAGAGCUGCGGGUGUCAGACGAGGAAUAUAGGGAGCUUCUAUCCAGGGUGAACAGUGAUUAUAUGAUUUGUAGAAUAAGGGUCGCAGGGAGUGGAGAACGGCAAAUGGGGUAAACAGGCAUGCUUAGCUCUUCACAACCUGUUCAUGAAUCUGUACCUAGCCCAACUGUUUCAGCAUCGCAUAAGAAACAGAUAACAGAACAGUCAGUGUCGAAUUAUCUGUUGAUGCACCAUCUCCAACCUUGCAUCCUAACAUGCAGCCAUCUUCAUAAAAUUUCAGAAGAGGCCAACUAGGAUCCUGACCCAAAGAGACAAAACUAACUUUGCCAUACCCUUUCCUGCUCCUCUAGGAAGACCUCAGGUCGCCAAUCGUAGUACAUGAGGCACUUUUGGUGCUAAUGACCCUUCUGAAAAUGAUAAUUAUGGGAAUAUUGGGAAAAGAGUAUGGACAAGAUGGCCGGAAGAUAACAAUUUCUAUGAGGCAAUUAUAACAGACUUCAAAAAGGGUCGGCAUGGUUUAGUUUAUGUAUGAACGCCUAACGAAGCAUGGAAAUGGGUCAAUCUGAAAGAGGUGCUACAUCAAUAUGUGGCCUGAACCUUUGGAGUCAGAUUUUAUUUAUGCUUCAUCAUCUAUAGGAACUUCAGUGCACGGUUCCUAGAAGCAUUUUCUGCAGCUUCUGGUUAGGGAUUACAACAUUUAUAUAAUUCAGAAUAAUCUGAUCCAUUGGUGACAUAUCUGUGCUAUUUGUGUACUUGGUUAUAAAAGUUAUAGAUUUGUAAAGAAAUGCUGCUCUCUACACUUAGUUAUUGGAAGUGAAAAGGCCUCUUGGUUUUUAAGCCAUCUCCCCAUUAAAGCUUCAGUCGAAUGGCUAUGUUUAAAACUUAUCCUUACAAUGCUGCCGAUGAAUUGAAGAGCCCAUCCAUAGCAGUCGGACAGAGUGAAGAGUGCACACUGCGAAAUACUUGUAUUUGAGAUUUUGCAGCUACCUUAUUUUGUGCUCAAAGCUUAAUACCAUAAAUAUAUUUCUGGGUGAGGGUGUAGAUUUUCCA